GGUUGUUGCGGCUCUGAGCCUCUGACGUUCCUAUCCUUGGCUGUAUCUUCUUGACUUUCUUCCCCCUCUCUCCCCCCCUACUUCUCCCCCAUUCUUCCAGGCUUCCCGGCAUGAAAGAAUCUUCAGGGUGUCUAAGAAUAGUCUAGCGAUCGGAUCAAGCGUCGCUUACCCGCUUCAACUAUGGAAAGACCCUCCUUCCAGUCCCUGCAGGCACAUUAUGCUUCCCGCUUGAAACAGUUUCAAACAUCAAACCGGAACUUCGAAGUCUUGGCCUCUGUCUCGCCCGGUCACGAUGAUGAUCCUGUUUCAAGCCCCGACGUCUUGUACGUGCUUGACUCCUCUUUCAACCCACCCACGCUUGCCCACCGUCGGAUCGUCAGUUCGGCUCUCCUCGGGGACCCCAGCCGUUCUCCACGACUCCUUCUGUUACUGGCAACCCAGAAUGCCGACAAACCAUCCAAGCCCGCCUCUUUCGAGGACCGUCUAGCCAUGAUGGACUUAUUCGCUCGUGACCUUCUUUCACACCUGCAGUCAACAAGCUCUGAAACUUCUCAACCGAGCCUUCCAGUAAUAGACGUCGCCGUCACUAAAAAGCCGUACUUCAUGGACAAGGCAGCGGAGAUAGAAGGGGCUGGGAUCUACCCCAAGUCCCUCGAACAAGUCCAUCUCACGGGCUACGAUACCCUGAUUCGCAUCUUCGACCCCAAGUACUAUCCCCCAGAACAUACCCUGCAGCCAUUGGAGCCCUUCCUUUCCCGGCAUCGCCUACGGGUCACGCUACGCCCUGAUAGCAACUGGGGGAGUCGGGACGAGCAGGAGGCAUUUCUGCGGGACUUGGCGGAUGGUAAGAAAGAUGAAAUAGGCGCGAAACGGGAAUGGGCCCCGCGAAUUCAGCUUGUGGAGGGGAGAAAGCCGGGGGCACCGUCGGUGAGCUCAACCCGAGCUCGAGAAGCGGCCACCACAAACCCACAAGAUCUGGACUGGCUGGUCCCGUCGAGCAUACAGGAGAUGAUUAUGUCUGAACGACUAUACUCGAACUAAUCGACAGAGCCUGACUGGGUCGCGCGCAGAACCACUGCCGCAAGGCUCAGAGGUAGCCGGUCGCAACAAUUGUAAAUGCAUACUGUACACAUAGACAUCACAUACAGUGGUCCGCCUGCCGGAAAUGAUUUGCUU